AGCAAGCUCAUUGCUCAAGCCUUGGCAACUAGCUUGUAGCAAGCAUGCUAUGCUUUAAAGCACACGAGCGAGCGAAGCGCGAACGCGCUCCUCGCUCGCCUUGGUCGAUGGCCGAGCGAGCGAGGUCUGCUCCCUGCCCGUGGCCGCGGCAAGGACUGCCACGACCUUGCCCGCUGCUCGCGGGGCUUCUCCCCCCGUGCAGGAACACUUAUAAACGCACUUGUGCAACAGAAACAGUCCAGGAAACACGGGCAUCAACACAGGCACACGUGAAACACGCACCGCCAUAGAGUCCUAGCUAUCUAGCUCUAGUGCUCUAUACCCUUUGUCUCCAGCCGCCCACACUAGCUCCUAACGUCAAUCACGCAACGCCAUCUUCCCAGUCAGCAGUAGCAGCAGUAGCAGUGCGAAUGGCAGGCCAGAUCGCCCGCCGGCCGCCUCGGGCCCGGGCCGGCCCUGACUCCGCCUCGCGUCGGUCGCCGUCGCCGCCGACUGCCGCCGCCACCUUCGCCUCCGCCGGCGCCGCCCUCGCUGCCGCGGCGCUGCCCAUGCUGCUGAUGCUGAUGCUCACGCAUCCCGCAGGCGCCGCGCGUACCCUCAUGAACUCUACCCCUCAGCUGGUCGGCGGCACCGACGGCAACAGCAACGGCAACAGCAACAGUGACGGUAACCCCAACGUGCAGGUCCGGGCGCCCUUCACCGCCGUCGCCGUCACCACCCCACCCUCCACCUCCACCUCCACCUCCGCCUCCGGCGGUUCCCACCAGCAGCCCAAGCCUCAGCUCCAGGUCCCGAGCCAGCCGCUGCCGCUGCCGAAGCAGCCGCUGCAGUCGGCCGCCAGCGGUGGCGGCGCCGCCAGUGGCGUGGCGGUGGUGCUCGGCGACCCCCACCAGAAGCCGCUCCUGGUCAACGUGCAGGCCGAUGGCAAGCCCACCGGCAGUGGCUGUGUGGUCAUCCCUGGUGUGGGAGUGGUGGACUGGCUGGGCGGCUGCCGCCGCCACCUGACCACGACCAACACCAACGUUGACGUGAAUGUCAACGUGCCCGGCAGCAGUAGCAGUGGCGGAAGCGGCAGUAGCAGCAAUGGCAACAACCAGAACAGCAACAACAACCGCCAGGGCCAAGAUCAGCAGCAGCAGGGCCAGCAGGGUCAGACGGCAGUCAAUGUCAAGGCGCCCUUCACCGACGUGGCUGUGGAUGCCGGCAAGAGCGGCAGCGUGUCCGUGACCGCGCCCUUCUACUCCGGCACCAACGCCUGGGGGGGCCGCCGCCUCACCACCACUGGCACGGAUGGCAACACUAACGUCGAUGUCAAUGUCAAUGUGCCCGGCGGCACGAGCAGUGGUGGGAGCGGCAGUAUCAGCAGUGGCAACCAGCAGCAGCAGCAGCAGCAGCAGUCCAAGCAGCAGGGCAGCGGCGGCAGUAGCAGUGGGCAGCAGGGUCAGGGUCAGGGCCAGCAGGGUCAGACGGCUGUCAACGUCAAGGCGCCCUUCACUGACGUGGCCGUGGAUGCUGGCAAGAGCGGCAGCGUGUCCGUGACCGCGCCCUUCUACUCCGGCACCAACGCCUGGGGGGGCCGCCGCCUCAGCAGCUCUGAUGGCGGCGGCGCCAAUGUGGGCGUCAACGUCAACGUGCCUGGCGGCAGUAGCAGCGGUGGCAACAACAACAACAACCAGCAGGGCCAGGGUCAGUCUCAGCAGGGCCAGCAGCAGCAGCAGCAGGGCCAGCAGGGUCAGACGGCUGUCAACGUCAAGGCGCCCUUCACCGAUGUGGGCGUGGAUGCCGGCAAGAGCGGCAGUGUGUCCGUGACCGCGCCCUUCUACUCCGGCACCAACACCUGGGGGGGCCGCCGCCUCAGCAGCUCUGAUGGCGGUGGCGCCAAUGUGGGCGUCAACGUCAACGUGCCCGGCAGUAGCAGCGGUGGUGGGAGCGGCAGUAGCAGCAGUGGCAACAACAACAAAAACAACCAGCAGGGCCAGGGCCAGUCUCAGCAGCAGCAGCAGCAGGGUCAGACGGGCGUCAACGUCAAGGCGCCCUUCACUGACGUGGCUGUGGAUGCCGGCAAGAGCGGAAGUGUGUCCGUGGCCGCGCCCUUCUACUCCGGCACCAACGCCUGGGGGGGCCGCCGCCUCAGCAGCUCUGACGGCGGCGGCGCCAAUGUGGAUGUCAAUGUCAACGUGCCUGGCAGUAGCGGCAGUGGCGGGAGUGGCAGUAGCAGCAGUGGCAACAACAAUAACAACCCCCAGGGCCAGCAGCAGCAGCAGCAGAAUGGCGGCGGCGGCAGUGCGGCGGCGGUGAACGUGAAGGCCCCGUACACGAACGUCAACGUGGAUGCCGGAAAGAGUGGCAGCAGCAGUGGAAGCGGCGACCAGCAGCAAUCCCAAAGCCAGUCUGAGGGCCAACAGGGCCAGCAGCAGUCUCAGGGCCAGACGGGCGUCAACGUCAGGGCGCCCUUCACAGACGUCAACGUCGUGGCCGGCAAGAGCGGCAGCGUGUCCGUGACCGCCCCCUUCUACUCUGGCACCAACGUUUGGGGCCGCCGCCUCAGCAGCUCUGAUGGCGCCAAUGUGGGCGUCAACGUCAACGUGCCCGGCAGUAGCGGCAGUGGUGGGAGCGGCAGUAGCAGCAGUGGCAACAACAAUAACAACAACCGGCAGGGCCAGGGCCAGUCUCAGCAGCAGCAGCAGGGCCAGCAGGGUCAGACGGCCGUCAACGUCAAGGCGCCGUACACUGACGUGGGCGUGGAUGCCGGCAAGAGCGGCAGUGUGUCCGUGACCGCGCCCUUCUACUCCGGCACCAACGCCUGGGGGGGCCGCCGCCUCAGCAGCUCUGAUGGCGGCGGCGCCAAUGUGGGCGUUAAUGUCAACGUGCCCGGCAGUAGCAGCGGUGGUGGGAGCGGCAGUAGCAGCAGUGGCAACAACAACAAAAACAACCAGCAGGGCCAGGGCCAGUCUCAGCAGCAGCAGCAGCAGGGCCAGCAGGGUCAGACGGGCGUCAAUGUUAAGGCGCCGUACACGAACGUCAACGUGGACGCCGGCAAGAGCGGCAGCGUGUCGGUGGAUGUGCCCUACCACACCGGUACCUACUUCUGGGGCGGUGGCGGCGGCCACCGCCGCCUCCAGCGUCUGCUGAUGUGAGGAGCGAGACCUAAGAACUACUUACUCAGAUUGAUCAGGUACAUCGCGUUGGCGCCUCACCUCCUGCGCGUGGGUCGAAUGGGUGUUUAAUUCUUUUCGUGCGCAUACCCAGCACACACCAUCGGGAAUUGGAGGGAUGGAAGUGGGUUCUGGCGUGUACCGGGGUGGGGGUGGGUGGGUGGGUGUAUGGUCAUGGUGCAAUUCUCGUGAGGAGCCGGCAGUAUACGCGCUCUCGCUGGCUUUACAUGAAGGCACGGGACUGAACGGAAAUAAAUGUACACACCAUACAUCACGAUAGGGCGGGAGUGCGGGAUAGGUGGCACUCCGGAGAGAGGUGAGGACUGUGUACCAUACAUGAGCAAGCAACUCGUAUGAAUCUAGGAAGGCUGGGGAAAUGUUAUGAUGAUUGAUUAGGUACUUACAAUGCAGGCAGGAGCGAGGCUGCCUAAUAAAGACGCACGCACUUUUCAGCGUCAUGCACUAGUUCAACAUGCCCAGCCGCCUCCUAAUCCGUUAAUUGCUGGUAAGCAAGCAAGGCGGCAGUCGAAGGGACACUUGGCACGCAUGAUGGUUCUCAGUCGGUCUCGUGGCUGUUCGUUGCGGUUGUUUAAAUGUACCGGUAGGUUGUUGUACCGGGAGGCAUUGGGAAACUGAACAGGUAGGGACGCGCGACCAAGGCAAUGCCGGCGUUCAUUCUUUCUUGUGAGGGCGCGUCUGCCGUAACUGCAGUACCAGGAGCAGCGGCGGCGGCCCGUGAGCAUGUUUUGAAAGCAAACAAUGCGCCCAGAUUCAAGUCCACCAUUUCAAUCAAGACGCGACACACGUGGCAGCAUGGGCGGACUGGCGGAGGUAGGCGGGGCAAGAUUGCGCUGUUGUACAGUAGACGGCGGCAUGAGGUUGUUGUAUGUUGACAAGUAGGCGACACCUCUCGUAGCGCGUGUAGCUGCAUGCUACCCUGCUAACCCUGCAGGCGGCACUUGGGGCCAAGUAAAACUUGUCGGCUCUGAAUGUGGGAAGGCCUGAUGCACUCGGAGAUUCCCUGAAGCGCGGCCGGGUGUGUGUGUGUGUGUGUGUGGCCGGGAGGUCGCACGGCCAGCAGCAGGCGACUGAAGUGGCAGCAGCAGGAGGGCAGCAAGGCCAGGUCGAUCUGUCGGGCCUGUGCAUACGGUACGGUAUGUGUUCGCUUGCAAGUUGAUUGGGUUCGUGGUCCGUGGCAACUUUACGAGCACGCAAGGAUACGCUUGCUUGGCACGAGCGGAGGUGCCCUUGGGACCCAGCGACCCACGCGGCCGUCAGGUUCCCGCUGCUGCUUGCACGAACCGGGGAUGUUGUAAUGCAAAAAAGAA